AUGAUCAGUGUGAAAUGAGGCCACUCUUGGUUGCAAUUCUAAUCUUCAUCAAUUCCACCGCUGGUGUUAAAGUUCUCCAGCUUCCAUUUGUAUUCAGUCGUGAAGGAGACCCAGAUGUAACUUUGCAGUGUAGACAAGAUGAUGAUCAAUAUUACUACAUGUACUGGUACAGACAAAGCAGCAGUGGGAAAAUGCAGCUAUUAACAUAUUCUCUUAAUAAGGAUUCGGCCAACACUGAAGCUCCUUUCAACACAUCCAAGUACACCAUGUCCCGGCCUGCAGUGCUCAGUUCCUCUCUGCAGAUACACCGUGCUGAAGUGGCAGACUCAGCUGUGUAUUACUGUGCUUCUAGUAUAGCACAAUGUGACAGAAAGCCUCAGCAGCUUAACAACAACCCCAAAAACAAUCACUGUCACAGAAAUAGCAGCAGUCAGGUUGGAGCCCUAAAACCAGUCAGUCAGCGCGACCUGUGCAGCUGCUCUCACAGACAGAGAGAGAUGGAGGCUGAGAUAUGGAGAGGCUGGAGUGAGAACACUGUGACCUACAAUCAGCCUGCUUACUUUGGCCAAGGAACCAAACUGACGGUUUUAGAAGAUGGCCAUAAAAUUACCGCACCAACAGUAAAAGUGCUUAAACCUUCGAAAAACGAGUGUCGAAACAAAAAAGACAAAGAAAGGAGGAAGACCAUUGUUUGUGUGGCCAGUGGAUUCUACCCAGACCAUGUCAGUGUGUCCUGGAAGCGUAACGGGGAGGAUGUCACCAAAGGUGUGGCGACAGACAACGCUGCCCUGCGGGAUGGAAUGUUUUACAAAAUCACCAGCAGGCUGAGGGUCCUUGCUGAAGAUUGGUUUAUACCCAACAACCAAUUCAGUUGCACUGUCAGCUUCUACAAUGGCAGUGAUAAUAUCAAUUAUACAGCGUCAAUUAAUGGUGAAGAAGCUAAAAAUACAGGAACCACCAUAACAAGAGAGCAAUAUUUGAAGGUCACACAGACUGGCAAACUCUCCUAUGUCGUUUUCAUCAUCAAGAGCUGCAUCUAUGGAGUCUUUGUUGGGUUUUUGGUGUGGAAGCUUCAGGGUUCAGCUGGAAAGCAGAACAUCUGAGAGAUGACCUGAACAAAUAGAUUCCUGGAGAUCAAUAGUGUCGGUUUCUGUAAAUACAAGGUUGAAAACAUGAAAUUAUAUUUUCAUGACUUUAGAUGUUGCACUGCAUUCGUGUUUGUUAGUCAAUCAGAUUCUGCUAAAAUAGUUCUGUACAUAUUUUUGUUACAGUCUUAAAGCUAAUUUGGCAUCAUACUUGUAUAAAUGGUUAAUUCUGUGUUUGUGGUUGUGAAUCGCUUAUUUGCUUAAUUUUCUUCUCAAUAAAAGUGUUUCAGAGAA